UGUCAUGUGUUUCUUUACAUAGAAGGGAAAACAUGAAUUGAAAAAUGCCAAGGAAGAUAGAGAAGGUGGCUCUCUACUCUGGGGAGUUACCUAAAGCUCUCUUUUGGAAGAGGGGGAGUCGAAAGGCUGAUGAACCCUCCUUCUUCAGAGCACUCUCACCUGGACAGAUCCCAGACAUGAGGAUGUUGAAUAACAAACGACUUCCCUGUCAACUUCCUGUAGCCACAAGGGGGUGUCCUCAAAUGAACCACGGGAAGAUAAAGGAGCUAGAACACCUGGUGGAGGAUUUAAGGAAAAACAUAAAAGAGCUUCAACUAAAAAAUCUUUCUUUGACAAACUCGGUUGAGAAAUUCCAGCGAGUUAGAACCAAGAAGAAAGCUGAGAUGAAGAAUCUCAAGAUGGAGGUGCAGACACUCAGACAAGCAGCUUGUGAUGGUGCUUGCCAUAGAGGUCUGGACAGGAAGAGGGUAGAGAACAGUAGAGAGAGAGUGACCAAGAGAAGGGAAGAAAGAGAGAUGUACAGUGAUGAGAUGUACACAGAGACAAAGGUUGAUAAGCAGACAAAGCAGGAUAUUGACAAGAGGAAGAUAGGGAUAGACAGCUUGCGAGAAAAGGAGAAAGAGACACGGAGUGAUGUGGAGGAACGGGACAACAUGAAGAGGCACAGAGACAAGCUGCAGUGUGAGAUCAAGGGGCUGAAAAGUGAACUUCUGCAGAUGAAAAUGAAGAGGGAGAAGGCCCAAGAAAAAUAUGAGAAGGAUAAAAUAAAAGCAAGGCAAGAUGAAGAAAGAAACACAACAGAGUCACAGUGCCGGGCAGGAAAACGCAGAGAAGUGUUGGGAAGGGGAGAAAUGGAGAGACGGUUGAAAGAGCAAUCGUUAGAAAAACAAAGAGAGCAUGAGACACAGAGGGGGAUGGAAAGGAGAGAAGAAGAACUGACGCAAAGAGAGGCUGGGAGACAAAAGGAGAGACCAAAAGCUCUGGACACAGAAGGGGAGGACCUGCAAAGAAAACUAGAAAGAGAGCAUGAUAGACAGAGAGAUAUAGACAGACAGCGAGCGCAAAGACGAGAGAAGGAGAUGGAGAGACAGAGAGAGCUAGAAAGAGAGAGUGAGGAUGCCAGACAAAAAGAAGAUCUUCAGAGGGAAAUUGAAAGACUUGAAGAGAAUGUAAUACAAAGCGACAUUGAACGUCAACAAGAAACAGAGAGACAAGAGGAGAGGAAAGAGACAGAAAGAACUACAAAUAUAUAGGGAGGAUGUAAGACAAAAAAAGGCACUGAAAAGGGAAGUUGAAAGAAUUGAAGAGAUGGAGAGACAGAAAAAGACUGAAAGACAGCAGGAACAGGAGAGACGAGAGAAGGAGAGGGAGAGACAGAGAGAACUAGAAAGAGAGAGUGAGGAUGCAAGACAAAAACAGGUUCUUCAGAAGGAAAUUGAAAGACUUGAAGAGAAUGCAAGGCAAAGAGAGAAUGAAAGUCAACAAGAUAAAAUGAGACUAGAAAAGGAGGAAGAGAGACAAAAACAGAUGGGCAAAACGAGUGAGGAGGCAAGAGAAACAGAAGCACUGCAGAGGGACCUUGAAAGACAGAGAGAGACAGAAAGAAAGUACCAUCAGGAGAGACAAGAGGAGGAAGAGAGACAGAAAGAGAUGGAGCUAAAGAUGGAUGCAGCAAAACAGAGAGAGAGGGAGGAGGAGAGACACAAAGCAGACCUGCAGAGGGAAGUUAAGAGACUGAAAGAGACUGAAAGACAGCAAGAACAGGAGAGACGAGAGAAGGAGAUGGAGAGACAGAGAGAACUAGAAAGAGAGAGGGAAGAUGCAAGAGAAAAAGAAGCACUGAAAAGGGAAGUUGAAAGACUUGUAGAGAUGGAGAGACAGAAGGAGACUGAAAGACAGCAAGAACAAGAGAGACGAGAGAGGGAGAGACAAAAAGAACUAGAAAGAGAGAGGGAGGACGCAAGACAAAAAGAGGAUAUUGAGAAAGAACUUGAAAGACAAAAGAAAAUUGACAGAAAGGGCAAACAGGAGAUGGAGGAUGCAAGAGAAAAAGAAGUGCUGAAAAGGGAAGUUGAAAGACUUGAAGAGAUGGAGAGACGAGAGAAGGAGAGGGAGAGACAGAGAGAACUUGAAAGAGAGAGUGAGGAUGCCAGACAAAAACAGGAUUUUCGGAAGGAAAUUGAAAGACUUGAAGAGAUGGAGAGACGAGAGAAGGAGAGGGAGAGACAGAAAGAACUAGAAAGAGAGAGGGCGGAUGCCAGACAAAAACAGGAUUUUCAGAAGGAAUUUGAAAGACUUGAAGAGAAUGCAAGGCAAAGAGAGAAUGAAAGUCAACCAGAUAAAAUGAGACUAGAAAAGGAGGAAGAGAGACAAAAACAGAUGGACAAAACGAGUGAGGAGGCAAGAGAAACAGAAGCACUGCAGAGGGACCUUGAAAGACCGAGAGAGACAAAAAGAAAGUACCAUCAGGAGAGACAAGAGGAGGAAGAGAGACAGAAAGAGAUGGAGCUAAAGAUGGAUGCAGCAAAACACAAAGAAGAGCGUCAGAGGGACAUUGAGAGAUUUGACGGGCUUGCAGAACAUCGAGGGAUUGAGAUGAAGGGAGAACGGCUGACGGGGGAGAGGAAAGAGAAAAGACAAAAAGAAAUGGAGAGAGCAAAGGAGGAGGCCAGACAAGAAGAAGACCUGCAGAGGGAAGUUAAGAGACUGAAAGACAAUGAGAGACUGCAAGAACAGGACAGACAAGAGAAGGAGGAAGAGAGACAGAAAGAACUAGAAAGAGAGAGUGAGGCAGCAAGACAAAAACAGGAUUUUCGGAAGGAAUUUGAAAGACUUGAAGAGAAUGCAAGGCAAAGAGAGAAUGAAAGUCAACCAGAUAAAAUGAGACUAGAAAAGGAGGAAGAGAGACAAAAACAGAUGGACAAAACGAGUGAGGAGGCAAGAGAAACAGAAGCACUGCAGAGGGACCUUGAAAGACCGAGAGAGACAAAAAUAAAGUACCAUCAGGAGAGACAAGAGGAGGAAGAGAGACAGAAAGAGAUGGAGCUAAAGAUGGAUGCAGCAAAACACAAAGAAGAGUGUCAGAGGGACAUUGAGAGAUUUGACGGGCUUGUAGAACAUCGAGGGAUUGAGAUGAAGGGAGAACGGCUGACGGGGGAGAGGAAAGAGAAAAGACAAAAAGAAAUGGAGAGAGCAAAGGAGGAGGCCAGACAAGAAGAAGACCUGCAGAGGGAAGUUAAGAGACUGAAAGACAAUGAGAGACUGCAAGAACAGGACAGACAAGAGAAGGAGGAAGAGAGACAGAAAGAACUAGAAAGAGAGAGUGAGGCAGCAAGACAAAAACAGGAUUUUCGGAAGGAAUUUGAAAGACUUGAAGAGAAUGCAAGGCAAAGAGAGAAUGAAAGUCAACCAGAUAAAAUGAGACUAGAAAAGGAGGAAGAGAGACAAAAACAGAUGGACAAAACGAGUGAGGAGGCAAGAGAAACAGAAGCACUGCAGAGGGACCUUGAAAGACCGAGAGAGACAAAAAUAAAGUACCAUCAGGAGAGACAAGAGGAGGAAGAGAGACAGAAAGAGAUGGAGCUAAAGAUGGAUGCAGCAAAACACAAAGAAGAGUGUCAGAGGGACAUUGAGAGAUUUGACGGGCUUGUAGAACAUCGAGGGAUUGAGAUGAAGGGAGAACGGCUGACGGGGGAGAGGAAAGAGAAAAGACAAAAAGAAAUGGAGAGAGCAAAGGAGGAGGCCAGACAAGAAGAAGACCUGCAGAGGGAAGUUAAGAGACUGAAAGACAAUGAGAGACUGCAAGAACAGGACAGACAAGAGAAGGAGGAAGAGAGACAGAAAGAACUAGAAAGAGAGAGUGAGGCAGCAAGACAAAAACAGGAUUUUCGUAAGGAAUUUGAAAGACUUGAAGAGAAUGCAAGGCAAAGAGAAAAUGAAAGUCAACCAGAUAAAAUGAGACUAGAAAAGGAGGAAGAGAGACAAAAACAGAUGUACAAAACGAGUGAGGAGGCAAGAGAAACAGAAGCACUGCAGAGGGACCUUGAAAGACCGAGAGAGACAAAAAGAAAGUACCAUCAGGAGAGACAAGAGGAGGAAGAGAGACAGAAAGAGAUGGAGCUAAAGAUGGAUGCAGCAAAACACAAAGAAGAGCGUCAGAGGGACAUUGAGAGAUUUGACGGGCUUGCAGAACAUCGAGGGAUUGAGAUGAAGGGAGAACGGCUGACGGGGGAGAGGAAAGAGAAAAGACAAAAAGAAAUGGAGAGAGCAAAGGAGGAGGCCAGACAAGAAGAAGACCUGCAGAGGGAAGUUAAGAGACUGAAAGACAAUGAGAGACUGCAAGAACAGGACAGACAAGAGAAGGAGGAGGAAGAGAGACAGAAAGAACUAGAGAGAGAGAGGGAGGAGGAGAGACACAAAGCAGACCUGCAGAGGGAACUUGAAAAAAAGGGUGAAAUCCAAGAAGAGCAGCGGACUGAAGCAGAGGACCACAGACUUGCCAUGGAGACAGAGCAACAACAAGCGGUCACUGAGGAAGAAAGGGGUGAGGUUGGAGAAAUAGAACAAUCUGAGCAAGACAGCGAGCAGGAAAGGAAAAGGCUGGAGACGGAAAGCCAAGAGGAGGAGAGAAAAAAAGAGAUGGAAAUAAAAAUGGAGGACAGGAGGCAGAGAGAAGAGAAUAGAAAAGCCAUGGAGCUGAGAUGGAGACAAAAAGGAGACAGGAGAUGGAAAGAGAAAGAACUGAAGAGACAGAAAGAGCUUGAGAAAAAGUCAGAGGAAGAGGUAAAACAACAUGAGGAGAAAGGAAACGAGGAGAAAGAGAGGAAGGAGGAGGAAAUGAAGAGACUAAGAGAGAGGGACAAAACCCAGUUGGCCAAGUUAUAUGAUAUGAAAGAAAAAGCUGCAGAUAACUUUUGGCUCCAAACAACAUUGGACAAGCAAAUAGAGUUAGUUAAAGAUAGGGAGAGAAUUAUGAGAGAGGAUGAGAAAAUGAAAGAAUCAGAGAAGAGAUGGGAGGAGGAGGAAAGACAACGGCAGGAAUGCGGACAACAGUCAGAUGAGGCAACACGACAGUGGCAGGAGAAGCAUAGACUAGCAGUCAUGAGGAGAAAGGAGAAAGAGAAUAGGAGAGCCAUCGAGGAAAGGAGUCAGUACAGGAGAGAAGAGGAGCAGAGAAAAAACGAGAUGGAACAAGAAAUGAAGAGGGAAGAGAAACGUAAGGAGGAGAGAAUAGCAGAUACCAAGGAGGAUUGCACAGUAGUAAAGGAGGACGAUGCAGAAAUGAAACAGAAAAGCAGAGAGAAGGUUAAGAAUGCGUGGGAGCCAGAAAAGGAAGUGACAGAGAAGGAAGUGACAGAAAAGGAAGUGACAGAGAAGGAAGUGACAGAGAAGAAAGUGACAGAGAAGGACGUGUCAGAGAAGGAAGUGACAGAGAAGGAAGUGACAGAGAAGGAAGUGACAGAGAAGGAAGUGUCAGAGACAAAGAAAGAGAAGAAACAUGGUUUCUUGAGCCAGUUCUGGCAGAAGGUAAAACCAAAAAAGAAGGCAACAAAAGAGGAGAAAAAAAGAGCCAGACUGGCUGAGAUUGAAGCGUAUGUGGACAAACUGAACAUGGAGGCCGACCGUAACAUACAGGCCUUUGAGGAUGAGUAGUCUACACCUUCAGUUGGGGCCUCAGCUCUAUAUCGUGUCUAGAAGGAUGGACGACAUUCUGCUGCUGACCUUGAUCAACAGGAACUCUACAACCUUUCCACUACAUCUACAGAAUUUUCCUCAAACAUGAACCUUAUCAACCUUGAACCAAUGAAUCUUAAUAAAGUUGAUGUUUUGACCACAUGCUUCUACAGUGCAAUGUUGAUUCAAAGUAAAGGUUUUAUUGAUGCAUGGCAACAACAACAAAGAACAUCAUCAACCGUUAACCUACGCUAACCAACACGUCCUCCUUCAGGGUCCAUGAACUACCAUGUGAUGACACAGCAGGAGUUGGGUUUAGCUCAGUGGAAGACAGCCUGGAAGAAACCAGGCUAACCACAUUGUGGGAGAUCGCCCUCUCCCUGAAUGUGCUGCUUUGGAUGUAAAGCUGUUAAAUGUUAGAUUGUGUGUAUGUAAUGAGGAGAUGGGUUCAACACUGAGUCAGCAGGGGGAGACAGAACUAAAUUGAUGAUUGAGGAUGUUGGUACUGAGGUGACAGUUGUGAUGUCACUCUGGUAGCCCCGCCCUCCUCCUCUUCAUGUACAGGACCAUGCUGACUGCCAGCAGGUCAUCAGGUCGUCACACAA